CCUAGUUGUUCACUAAAAGUGAUAGCGAAGGAAAAAGGAAAUCAUCAUUUAAUCCCUUAUUGAUUUUUGAUGCCGAUUUAUAGGCAGAGUUCAAUAUCGUAAGCUUGACAGGAAAGGAAAUGAAAAGAAGUUACCAUGGAAGCAUUAUGUUUAUUAUUUAGUUUUGGUCGCACGAAUUAGAAGUGGUUAAAUAGAAAAAGUGCAGACGCUUUACUCUAUCAUUAGUUAAAGAACAACCUGUAUUCGAUUUUUGUAUAAUUUCGUUCAUGAUUUACAGCUGAUGUGUCAAAUUCUAAAAACGUUUCAUACUAUCGAAAAACAACUUACGCCUUAUUGUUUCAGAUAUAAUGUAUAAAUUGCAUUGUACAUAAUACCGAAGCUCUCGAUUAUUAUUAUCAUUACUGCCAUCAUUAUUGAAUGGCUAUGGUACUACUAUGACGUAAUGAAGACUGAAGCUGCUUCUAUAACUUUGACAGGAUUUAUGAAGCGCGGAUCUUCAAGACGAAAAUCUUUUCCAGAAUGGGAAAGCAAUGCACCGAGUGUCGCCAAUCCAACUCUGAACAAAGAAAAGUACGCAACAGAUAGUAAAUCAAAAGCUCAUAAGAACAGAAUCAGACAACACAAUGAUGCCUCAUUGGACCGGAAUAGUGAAAUUCGAGCCGAUCAAAAUGACGUCAGAAGAAAAGCUCCCAAUGAUCCGCCUCCUCAAAUACCUGUAAACACCAGAAAAUGUUGCCGACUCUGUCCGCCAAGGUGGACGUUUUCGGUUUUGAUUCUGAUAGUCUAUCUCGUGUUUUUUGGAUGUUCGCUAUCUUACUCGUGGGUUCACGUGCUGGGAGACCCAAUUUGCGAUGUUCAGAAGCGGUUAUGUAAUAUGCAAUUGAUUGGCUGUGUGGUCAUAAUGGCGUCGCUAGUCGUUUUCGGAGUCAACUUGCUUUUUCAUAUCGCUAAUUUCAAAUCCCCCAAUAUACAAAGACAUUAUGUCAGGGUCCUCUUCCUGGUUCCUGUUCUGUGCGCACAAUCUUGGGUGUUCCUGUUUGCCUCACGAGAAGUGAUCAUCUCCUACUCCGUUUUGGCAGAGGCUUUCAAGACAUUCUCUCUCUUCUCGGUUCUUCACCUGUUCAUGAACUUCUUCUGGGAGAACUGCCAGGGUCAUCAACUUCUGCCCACCCGACUCCCUCUGCGACAAGUAGUCGGAUUACAGUUUUUCGUCCGACCAAUCAAAUCAGUCAGAGAGUUCUACAUUACGACCAUUAUUGGAGCUUAUCAGUGUGUAAUAUUCAGGCCUUUCGCGUUUGCUUUAAUUGCAACUCUAACCAUUUAUUACCCAGAUAAUUCUGUUCUAUUUUACUCCGCGAAAGGAAUCAAUGUUUUGCAAUGGGCUUCGCAGUGUUAUGCAAUCUACGCGGUGCUUCUAUGGGCGAGGAAUUUCAGAGAAGAUUACUAUUGCCUGUCGCCAUUAAUUAAGCAUUUUGGACUGAUGUUAUUCCAUAUUUUGCUGCCAACUUUGACGCCUCAAGUUACAGAUAUUUUGAUCCAUUAUGAAAUCUUUGACUUGGAAGAUUUCUUCAAUGGAAGCGAAAGUCAACACAUACAUUACAAAGUACAGGGUUUCUUCCAGGCUUGCUUUGGCUUCCUGGGCACAUUCUACCUGACGUGGAUGUACUCUUCGAGGGAUGUGAAGAUGUUCUCAAAUGAGUCCACUCCUCGCCACUCGGUCACAACUGCAUUGUCACAAAUACUGUCGCCAAAAGACUUCUUACUGGACUUCGACCUCAUGGGGUGUCCUCUCCGAUGUCGCAAAGUAUCAAAAGCAGAAGCUACAACUCCAACAGUUGGAGCUCUACCCUCUCCCGCUUUCAGUGAGGAGGCAAUUUAUCACACAAACGAAGGGCUUACACAUAAUGAAGGAAGAGACAGCGAAGUCAAGCCACGACCUCAACGUGUUCUCCCUCAUGAUACAGAUACAAUUGAGACUUUAACUUCCAACCAAUCAGAACUCAGUCAAAACUCAAGCGAAGCUUCGGUUUCUUCGAUAUCUGAAAAGGCGCCAAAUUCUCGAAACGAAAUUGUUAAAAAUAAAAAAGGCAAGAGAAAGUCGACUGAUCGAGAUGAACCGUCCAGAUCGAGCAUUCGGAAAACAUCAGGAAAUCGCGCCACAAGCUACCAUGUUCCUGCAUCAUGAAUGUGUCAUUGAUUUGUGCUGGUUGUUCAUCUUAGUUUAAGAUAAGGUCCCGUUGAUAGGUCUAGACAGUUAUUCGAUCUCGUAUCCUGAUUAAGUAGAUAAAGUUCAUCGCCGUCCGCGAGCUAUAUGUAUGAACUAAUAGAAACAAAAAAAGAUCAGGUGAUGCGUUGUUUAUGUGAAUAAAAUUUGGUCCUUUUAGCCUGAAUAUGAUCCUAAUAUGCUUUUAUAUUAGAUUUUAUAUUAUUUUGAUUAUUCGAAAACAUGGUUUGAAAGGUUCAUACAAAAUUCGAGUUUGCUUGUCGGGUUUCUACUUACCAUUGUGUGUUUUCUUACAAACUGAAUCUUUAAUUCCCAUUUAAUAGUUAAAUGUAUAAAUUAGCCAAAUUAUUUGCAUGUUUCUCUAGAUUUUUAUUUGAUGAAAGUUUUGUAUAUUGAACUUCGCCGACUUACCCAAUUGCCUUAGUUUUCUGUUCCGUUGAGUGUCUUUGAAUUACCUACUUCAUUUGAACUCUUGACACCAGAGAUUGAUAUAUUUAUUGUGCAAGCAUUUUCAGAAACCUUUAUUUUGUAAAAGAGCGAUAUGAAUUUUGUAUAAUUCCUUGAAUGGUAAUAUUCUCAUUUUUUAUAUCUAUGAAUUUGUAGAGACCUCUAAUUAAAUUGACAAAUAUUGUGUACUA